UGGACACCUGACAUCUUGUCUUAAAAUGCGAGAGGAUGGAUAGAGCAACCAGCCCCGCGUCAGAGUCUGGUCUUUCCAAUGGAUUUGUCAAUAGCGUGUUCAACGUUUCAGUUGACGAAGAGAGCAAAACUGAGAUCUCAUGGAUUCCAGAGUGCAAUUCCUCAGACUCCAUUAUUCCCGGUCAGACGCUCAGAAGAGAAAAACAGGAACCGGUCCGGCGCUCCAGGACGGCGGCCUUCUGGAGGAUCCUGCAGCGCCGCAAGACCCCCUCGGACCUGGACAGACGACCUCACUCCGUCAUCCUCCCCGGAGAAGCGUCCUACUUCAAACUGUCCAUCACUAACAAAGUCAGGCCCUUCAAGAAACUAAAGUCCCCGUCUGUUUUUAGAGGGAAAGCUGGAAAGAUUUCUGAUGCCAAAUUCAACACUGACCUGAAAGACGAGGCUGAUGAUGUGUACAUGUGCAAGGACUCUCCUUCUUCAGACUUCAAGCAUGUGUUUAGGAAUAAAGCCAAGAGACAUUCGUUCGCAGGACACACUGCAGACUUCUACUGUUCGUUUGAGGACAUCGCCCCCGCUGGAACCCCAGACAACAUCCAGCAGGAGACCAAAGACACCGUUAGCAACCAAAACGGCUGUAAGUUGUCAGAAAGAGUCAUUUAUACGAAGAAAUCUCACCCCAGCUUCUCAAACUGCAACAAUUCAUCUGCGACGGAGCAGGAGGAAUGCUGUGUGAAGCAAAGCCUCAAGAUACCUCAAAGAAGACGAUGGUCCAGAGGGGGAGACGUUUUGAAUUACUUGAGAAGAAUUUCCCUCAAAGGAAAAGGAAGUCAGACGUUGGCAGAGAGUAGUUUUGAGUCAAUGAAUGCCCUGGACAAAACCAUCGAUUCUGACUACGGCUCGGUCAACUUUGAACUGGUCAAGGAUUUGAACUCUGCACCUGAACAAACAGGGAUUGAUGGCAAAAGCAGCCACUUUCGAGGCCUUCUCCGUUUUUUUAACACUGUGGCUGAGACUGCAAUGAAAUGGAGAAACUCGUCCCGCUCGUUCUCCCCCCCUGAAGGCCAGCAGUCGCCCCUUGGUUUGAGAAAGACACAGCAGUCAGGAGAGCUUGUGCCUUUGACAGUCAGGAGCAGUAAGCAGAAAGCUGAUACCUCAGUUCAAGGUAAACCUACGUUAUCUUCUGACAUGAGCAAGGCGGUCUCGCCUGUUAGUGCAAUGGUGGAUUGCUCUCCUCCUGUGGUGCUGAAGGCCUGGAGAACAUGCCCAGACUCUCCGAGAGAUAACACUUCCCUGUGUAACAACUCGGAUGAAUCCCAGUCUCAGCUCAGCUCAACUCACAUCUCUCUAGCCACCAUCGAGAGCCACCCGAGAUCUGAAGAGCCAGAGCCACCAAAAGAGACACAAUCUGACUUUGAAAACUCCAUCCCACAUCACUUAUCUAGCAAAACUGUUGAUGAAAACCAAGAUAUUUGCACGGAUAGGAAAAAAAUGAACUGCCCGGAGGACAUAUUUAAGAGCCUCUCGCGGCCCCCAGGCCAGUCGCCUGCAGAUCCUCCUCUUAAAGCUCUGCUCCAGCGGUGUCGCUCUCUGCCGCUGCCGACUACGCUGUCUGCACUGGAGCCCAUUGCCCUGACACACGUGCUCACCCCUCCAGCUAAGACCAUGGCUAAAUCAGUCGUUCUCCGCAUGAGGAACAGCAGCACAGGAUCCAACAGACGCAAGCUGUUUAGACCAGGAUCAGGACCACUGCAUGUCAACAUGUUGAUCAGCGGCGGUUCGGUGGUCAGUGCAGAGGCAGUAUGGGAUCACGUGACGAUGGCCGAGAGGGAGCUGGCGUUCAAGGCGGGAGAUGUCAUCAAGGUCCUGGACGCCUCCAAUAAAGACUGGUGGUGGGGUCAGAUGGAUGACGAGGAGGGCUGGUUCCCCGCCAGCUUCGUGAGGCUCUGGGUUAAUCAGGAUCGUGCAGAAUCAGCUGAGGGUGCCAGCGAGGUGCAGAAUGGACACACCAACCCCGGCAACGGCUGCCUGUGCAUCGGCCAACCACUGCAGAACCGAGACCAGAUGAGGGCCAACGUCAUCAACGAGAUCAUGAGCACCGAGCGCCACUACAUCAAACACCUGAAGGACAUAUGUGAGGGCUACUUGAGGCAGUGUCGAAAGAGGAUUGACAUGUUCAAUGAUGACCAGCUAAAAGUGAUUUUUGGAAACAUCGAGGAUAUAUACAGAUUUCAAAUGGGAUUUGUGCGGGACUUGGAGAAACAGUACAACAUUGAUGAACCCCAUCUUAGUGAAAUUGGUCCAUGUUUUCUGGAACAUCAAGACGGUUUCUGGAUCUAUUCAGAGUACUGCAACAACCACCUGGAUGCCUGCAUGGAGCUCUCUAAGCUGAUGAAAGACGGCCGCUAUCAGCACUUUUUUGAAGCCUGUCGCCUCCUCCAGCAGAUGAUUGACAUCGCCAUUGAUGGCUUCCUCCUCACCCCUGUGCAGAAGAUCUGCAAAUAUCCACUACAGCUGGCCGAGUUACUGAAGUACACAGGACAGGAUCAUAGUGAUUACCGUUAUGUGGCAGCAGCGCUCGCUGUCAUGAGGAACGUCACGCAGCAAAUCAACGAGCGCAAAAGAAGACUGGAGAACAUUGACAAGAUCGCUCAGUGGCAGGCCUCAGUGCUGGACUGGGAGGGUGAUGAUAUUCUGGACAGAAGUUCAGAGCUGAUCUACACGGGUGAGAUGUCGUGGAUCUAUCAGCCUUAUGGCAGGAGUCAGCAGAGAGUCUUCUUCCUUUUCGAUCAUCAGCUGGUCCUGUGCAAAAAGGACCUGAUCCGCCGGGACAUUCUUUACUACAAAGGGCGCAUUGACAUGGAUCGCUAUACGGUGAGAGAUGCCAUCGAUGGACGGGACGACGACUUUAAUGUCAGCGUGAAAAAUGCAUUCAAGCUGCACAACAGAGACAGCGAGGAGAUCCACGUCUUCUUGGCCAAGAAACCGGAGGAGAAGAUCCGCUGGCUGAGGGCUUUUCACGAGGAGCGCAGGAUGGUCCAAGAGGAUGAAAAAAUCGGUUUUGAGAUUUCUGAAUAUCAGAAACGACAGGCUGCCAUGACGGUGCGUAAAGUGGCCAAACAGAAAGGUGUGAGCCAGAGCAGGUGCGUCUCCCCGGCGGACCCCUCAUCUCACGGACCCUUCAUGCUCUCCGAUGACACUCCACAGUCAGAUCUAGUUGAAUUCCACGUCUCCAAAUCAGGACAAUCUCCAUUCUGGCAAAACUUUAAUAAGUUGACAUCAUUAAAAAAUGGGAAAAAAUAGUUAAGAGUCUUAGUCUGAAUGCUCCCAGCAAUGACGUUCAAGCUCAAGCGUAUUCAUUAUGGAUCUUAAAAACACCAGGAAGCUCCAUCUGGAUAUCACUGACAAUCACGAGCCUGAUGUGAUCGUACCUGUCCAGAGCCCAAACACACCUCAGUGAUCCCUCUGCCCAGAUGUUCACAUGUGUCAUUCACUAUUAUUGUAUCUCCACUUUGAAGUGACCAGCAUGCAAUGACAGCCAUCAAAUUGAUACAUGUCUCAAAGGUUUGUUAGCAGCUUAGACAUCUGCUCCACAGUCCCUCUGUCUGCAGGUUAACGAUGAAGAUCAUAGACCUGAGGAUGCUCAUGUGGACCAUACACUACAAAUUAAAAAGCGGGAUGAAAGAUUGUAAGCUUUACACACAAUUAACAAUCAAAUCGUCUAAACAGGGUAUUGCUUUCUAAUUCACAGA